GAAGUAUGGACCGGGGAACCACACGUUGCGGAUGUCAGGAAAUGCAUGGGCGCCUCCCAGCUCCUUCGUGCAUCUUUUUAGCAUGCUCUGGAGCGUUAGACGUAUGUGCGCCUCGGAUUGUUUCGCACUGGACGCACGGAGCAAGGACAUCGCGCGCACGCUCGUCGUGCGUGCUCUUCUGACGCUCCGAUGGCCUACGGAUAUUGAGACAACCUCCGGAGGUUUCGAAGAUAUCGAGGACUCGACGUUUCGCGGAUAUUGAGCCGGCCUCGUAUUACAGGGGUUUAUGUUAUAGUCAAAGCACAGUAGAUACACAUAAAAAGUCAAAGAGUGGG